AUGAAGCUAAGGCAACUCAAUUUUCUAGUUGCUAAGAUAAAAGCUAUAUAUAGUGGUUCAGAUACUAGAAAAACACCUUCUGACAUAACAAAUGGUCUUGAACUAAUUUUAUUUUUAUUAGUUGGAGCCCUUGUCAAUAUUAUAUAUGAACUUAGAAAGACACCACCUACAUUGCCUACAAUAAUACUACUUAGAAUGGAUAAUUAUACAGGUCCAACACUAUCUAUGUUAGAUAGUUCACAGGUGUCGCAAGGCUUAACAUUAUCACAAACUGUAUUAGACAUUGGCAAUAAGGAAUUUGCUAUAGGUCUUACAUUCGAAGCUAUAUCAAGAGUUUGUGCACUUUUUGACCUUCUUUUUAAUAAUACAUUUCCUUAUAGUAGAUUACAAAAAUUGGGAGAAAGCUCCAGCCCUAUGAAACGUCGCCGUUUUGCUAGUUUAAGAACGACAUAA